GAUUAUUUUUGAGCGUUCUGGAAAUAAAAUCCCAGGUUUAGCGCUAACUCUGGGUUAACAUACCAGUAAACAAACAGUAAACCUGCUUUCUGGAACAGCCUACCCCCCCGGGCAGCAUCUGUGGGUGGGCGGUUGCCCAGGGUGUCAUAGGCUACAAGUUAGGACCAUGAAUCUGGACACGGUGGUAUGUGAAAGGCGUGCAAAUGAUGCUUUUUUUCGUCUGCACUUUAAGCAUUAAAAGGAUUUUUCAACUGAAAAUAACAUUGGACAAGGGCAGUGGGCCUGCAUAUCGUGUUGGAGAGCGUGUAGCAGCUGCUAAAGUAGGCUGUCAAUGGCUAAAGUGGAAAUUGCAAGUUCUGAAACAAAGUUUUUGGGUUUACCAGAUAUCCGCAUGAUAUUAACCAUAUGAGAAUGACUUUGAAUGAGCUUGCAAUUUCUAUUAAUUUCCCCCAUAUUACGCUUGGUCGUGGUGCCAUCAGGAGGAUACCUUUAAAGGAUGAAAAUGCCUUUGUGAGCAUCGUCAAGCCAACCCAGAUGGACCUUGAGGUGGCACUAAAUGAGAGUUUUUUGGCACUGAAUCUCUUUCUGAACAACAAGUUUUUAGAGGCGCUUGAUAUUCUCAGACCAUGGAGGAAUGACAGCAUGUAUCAUGCAAUGGGAUAUAGCAGCAUCCUGGCUAUGCAGGCUGGGAUGACCUUUGAACCAAAGGAUAUGGAGAUGGCUGUUGCAGCACUUCAGGACGCCCUUGUCACAUGCCAAAGGUUCAGAAGAAGGAUGACUUUUCUAAAGGCUAUUUCAAACAUGGUCUCCGGACGGGUCCCACAGCAGAUGACCGAAGAAGAGAUGCAUGCUGAACUGUGCUAUGCUGAGGUUCUACUCCAAAGAGCUGCAUUAACCUUUUUAGAGGAUGAGAGUUUGAUUGGCUUCAUUAAAGGAGGAGUGAAAAUUCGAACGAGCUAUCAGAUAUUCAAACAAUGUCAGGAAGUGUUAAACCAGUCCCAGAACCUGGAUGAAGAAAGUAACACUUUCAAGAAUUUUGCUGGUGGAGUCAACAUGGGCAUAGGCUCUUUUAACUUGAUGCUGUCCCUUUUUCCUGCCAGAGUCCUUAGAUUACUGGAGUUCCUGGGCUUUGCUGGUGAUAGAGAAGUGGGGCUAUCUCAGCUACACCAAGGUGCAGCCAGCAAUACCCUACGCUCCAUCCUUAGCAUGCUCACUCUUCUCAUGUUUCACACCUACAUCUCAGUCAUACUGGGGACUGGUGAGUGUAAUCUUGCUGAGGCUGAAACCCUGCUGGUGCCAUAUGUUGAAAAGUUUCCCAAUGGUGCGCUCAUGCUUUUCUACACUGCCAGAAUUGCAGUGCUAAAAGGGAACUUUGAAUUGGCCCAGCAGAAGCUUCUGGAGUGCAUUGCUGCCCAACAGGAAUGGCACCAAGUCCACCACUUGUGUUACUGGGAGCUGAUGUGGUCCUAUUCAUACCAACAGAACUGGUUGGAGGCCUAUCGCUAUGCAGACUUACUCUGUAAAGAAAGCAAGUGGUCCCAGGCCAUCUACGUGUUUCAGAAAGCCUCCAUUCUGAGCAUGAUGCCACAGGAGGAAGUGAGUAAAACUGGAGAGAAGGUUGAGGACCUGUUCAGACAAGUGGACAGCCUGAGACUGAAAUUUGCCGGGAAGUCUGUCCCUACUGAGAAGUUUGCAGCACGGAAAGCAAUACGCUACAGAGAUCCUAAGCCAACUAAAUUGGUCAUCCCCGCUCUGGAAAUGAUGUACGUGUGGAAUGGCUUUACUAUUGUGGGCAAGAGGCCUGAACUAACAGAGAGCAUCCUCAGCACCAUAAAGAAAGCAGAGGAGCAACUGACCAGUGACCCAAAGCCAUCAGAGUACCUUGCUGAUGACCAGUGUGUGGUGCAGAUGCUGAAGGGCCUGUGUCUGAGGCAUCUCGGCCGCCUGCCUGAGGCCGAGAGCUGUUUCACUCACAUCAUCUCAAAUGAGAAGAAUAUUAAAUAUGAUGACUAUCUGGUGCCAUUCACCAUGUAUGAAUUGGGCCUCCUCUACAACCAGCAAGGAGACACUAAGAAAGCCAUGACCUACAUUGAAAAUGCCAAGCUGAACUACAAGGAUUACUCAAUGGAAUCAAGGCUGCACUUCCGCUGUCAUGCAGCACUUGCUAAUAUGGGCCAUGCUGUGGAAGGUGCCAUCCAGCAGUAGAAUGUGAGCCUACCUGUACAAUCCCAGUGUGCCCUUAAUAGGUCCUAUGAUUAAUAUGCUCCUAUAUUUACAGCACAGUGCACAUUAAUUAAACAGAAAUUCCAUUUGA